CCAGACAUAAAAUCGUUGUUAUAUGUCGUAGUCUUUGGGUCGGCCCCUUUUCAGUGCUCUGUUUUGGGCAUUGAUAUCUCAAGGAGUGCGCCCGCGAGGACACAACUCCAACCAAAACAAAAUGGGGACAACUCACCUUUUUCAGCAGCUGGGGACUUUGGCGUGCUCGGGAUUAUUGUUCGUUGCUGCAGCCUUGCCAACAACGCCACAGCAGUUAUCCCAUGAGGCGCCCAGCGCAAGCGGAGGAAUACCAAGGUCGUUCGUUGAAGAGCGAACCAUCGACCGCGGCAUGGUAAAGUACGCGAGCGGGGCAAGCAGGUCUACGGCGGGAUGGGCCGUAGGAUCGGAAGAAGAUUCCUCCGAUAUGCGUGCGCUGUUCAAGAUAAACCUGAGGCAGUGCAACCUCGAUCGCCUGGAGGAGGAAGCCUUAGCCGUCUCGGACCUCGACUCUCCGCGCUACGGGCAGUACCUCUCGGCGAGAGAGGUGUGCGAGGUCACGUCCUGCCCCGACCGCGAGGAGGGAAUCCGGGAGGUGUUGGAGUGGCUCCUGGGCGCGGUGACCCCCAGCGAGGGGGACGGGGAGGGGCUUCAGUGGGAGGAAGAGGAGUGGCUAAGGCCGGAAGGGGACGGGGAUGACGUGUUUUGUUCGCACGUGGUGGUGUCCAUGUCCGCAGCCAAGGCCGCCGCGACGUUUCCCGAGGCGGCCUUCCGCUCCCACCGCCGCGAGCACGGCGGAAAACGCGGCGGAACCGGUGCCGUUCUGCGCGCCACAGGCGACGUCCUCCUUCCGGAGGCACUGGCCGUCCACGUGGAGUUCGUCUCGGGCUUGACCGAGCUCUGGGUGCCGGACGUGGCGGAGGGCGGUGGGAUGGGAAAGCUUGAUGGGGCCGGGGCCGGACUGGGGCGAUUAAGGUCGUCGAACGGAAUGGAGGCCGGCGACUUUACGGAGGUGAUGAUCCAGCCGCGAACCCUCCGCUCCCUGUACGGCGUGCCCGAGGGCGAGCGCGGCGGCUGGGCCGGCCAGGGCGACAACCGGCAGGGUGUCGCCGCUUUCAAUAAUUCAUACCUGCACGCCGAUCUGUGCGCUGCCCACAACCUUCUGGCCCCCGACUCCGAUUGGUUGGCUCCUCCCGAGGUGACGGACUACGGGUCGAGGUUCGACCCGGACACGGACGCGUCGGAGAGCGACCUGGACACGCAGUACAUGACGCUCAUGGGCCCCGGAGUGCCGGUGACCUUUGCAACCUACGAUGCGGGGGAGUGGGUCCUGGACUGGGCCACAGAGGCUACCGAAGGCCAUCUCGCACCUGAGAGGGGCGGCCCGCUGGUGUGGUCGAUCAGCUACGGGUUCCCGGAGGCGUGGACUUGCUACGCCGAGCCAGGGAUCUGCGACAACGAGGCCGGGGCGCCGCAUGGGUACGAUCCCUCCGUCUACCUCCACAGGGCCAACAACGAACUCAAGAAGCUCGCCGCCCUGGGUGUGUCAGUGCUGGUCUCGAGCGGAGAUGACGGCGCUGGUCAGUCGCCAACUUGCCCGGUGGACCCUAGGCUGCCGGUAGACGUGUCAGGCGGGGCGAUCGAGGGGGUGGCGACGACUUGCCCUUUCGACAAGAGGGAGGAUUGCAGCUGCGGGUCUUUCGAGAUGAAGCUACAGGCAAACUCGACGACGUCGAGGUGCAUCCUUCCGCUGGGGAUCACGAUCGCGGCCAUGGGGGUAGACACUCCAGGAGCGUCCUGUGUUGAUGUGCUGGCCACGCCGGACUGUCAAACCUUGCUCACCAAGAUCGAGAACGGCACGCUACCGCAAUCGGACGAGCAAAGCACGGUCAGCUCCACCGCCUCCGAGUGUCAGAUGGCCUUCGAAAUCGCCAGGCCGUCGUUCUACAGCGACUGCGCGUGCGCUGACGUGCCUCCGAUGACGGAGGGCUCUUGCACCCUGUCGGGCUACACUUACCAGCCGGAGAAGGACGGGGCGACGCCGUUUGCCCCCAGCUUUCCGGCGAGCAGCCCGUGGGUCACCUCGAUUGGAGCCACCCAGGUUGCUUGGGACCUCGCAGGGUCGUGCCUCCAGUCGGAUCUUCUCGGCCCGGGCAACUCUUUUGCCGCCGAGACGGCCGUAAACAAGUUCACCGGAGGCUUUGACGGCGGCGGCGGAUUCUCGACGACCUUCGGCGCUCCAAGCUAUCAGGCCGCCCACACCCAGAGAUACGCCGCCUCGACAGCAGCGCCUGACGCUGGGCUUUUCAACAGCACCAACAGGGGGUUCCCGGACAUCUCGGCGGUGGGGCACAACUUCGUGGUGGUGAUCGACGGCAGGGUGGAGCAGGUCGGGGGCACGUCCGCCUCGGCCCCUGCCCUCGCGGGUAUGGUGUCCCUCAUGAACGAACGCCUUCUGGCCGCGGGGAAACCCCCUCUCGGGUUCUUAAACCCGGCGUUGUACAAAGCGGCUGAAGACAGCUCGUCCGCCUUUCAGGAGAUUCUGCCCAAGACGUACAACCUCACGGGCACCCCACUAGAGAAGACGGUCGGCGCUUAUUAUCAGGUCGGGAGCAACAAAUGCAGCAGGUACAGCUGCUGCGAGCUAGGCUACGGCGGCUCUGAAACCGGUGGCUGGGACCCCGUGACCGGUCUCGGCACCAUCAACUACCAGGCCUUGUCCGACUUCCUCAACAUUCCGCGGAGCCCCCCACGCCCCCAGCCCCGAGGCGGCGGCCACGACCGGCACCACGCGGCGUACAUCGCCUGGAUCGUGGUGCUGGUGUUCGGAUUGAUCGCCGCCACCCUCCUGCUCGUCUACGAGCACAGGCCGAAGCUCAUGCUCUCCGCGGCUACCCUGGGCCGGAGCAUGAGGAACAUGGGCGGCGGAGUCGGCGGGGGCGGCGGCGGUGGAGGCGGCGGCAGCCUCGACGAGUACGAGGCCUAUGAGGCCUACGAGCGCAGCGGCGGCGGCGGCGGCGGCGGCGGCGGCGGGUGGGGCGGAGGCGGUGGUGGUGGCAGGUCGCGCGGCGCCCUGACCGAGAUGGUGAUGGGGAGCGACGCUUCGAUGGCGGGAGACGCGUCGUACCACCUCCUCGAGGAACAUGACGACCCCGCGGACGAUGACGAUGGCGGCGGCAGCGACGUGGGGCGGGAGGGGCGGAGGGACUUGGCAGGCAGUGCACGCCGCAGCGUGUAGUAGCAUAUGGCUUGUUCGUUUUUUUUUGUCCCCCCCGUGCUGGUUCGGUUCCGGCCUGUGUGCCGUGCUGCGAGGAGGGAGGCGGCCAGUGUGUUGUGGUUUUGUGUAUAAACACGGAGUUCUUGUUCUGUCUAUUGUCGCGAAGUUCUUUUUUGUGUUUUGUCGGAAGAACGUUUUUGUGCUGGUGUUUUUUUUGUGCGCCUUCUCUUGGUGAGUGCAUCAGCGCCAUGGUGUUUUGAUGCGCUUGGGAGUGGUAUUGAGUCGGUAAGGUGCGUUUGUAGUGUAGUCUGCAUUACCUCUCAUGUGCUCCAGAGAUAAUGUCUGCUGCGUCAUUUGUUGUUGUUGUUUAAGAAGUUGUGUGUGUUGCAAGAGAUAUGGAUGGGAGGAUUUGGGGAAAUGACUUUUUUUUUCGAAUUUGCCUUCAGUAUGUCGGGCGGGGGUUGUAGUUCGAGAGAGCGCUGAAGGGAAGAGGAGGGGGGGUGUAGCGCGCGAUGCCCGGGGAUGACGCGAUGCUCGGCGAUCACGCGCACGCGAUUUGCUGAUGUAACGGCGAUGGGCGGUUCCCCCGCAUUGUACAUAAGAGGUUUAUUGCAACCGUCAUCAGGGGGAAGACGCACAAGAUUGCGGGAGGGUAUUAUUGUUGUUUGCAUGUGCUCCUGCAACAUACGAGGGUGGUGCUUGCAUUUUGUUUUGAAUGUCUCCUUGGAAAAAUUGAGGGUAAAGCAGGCACUGAUGGUGGUAACCCGUUCCAACGACGAUCUGGGUCCUCCGGCUCCCAAACGCAACCUGCCGCGACUUUACGGCCUUCCUCGGCGUGCUUCCCCCGAACCCUCAGUCUGUGGUCAAUGGUCGACAGCCAUUCGCCUUCUUCGAUCCGAUAAUAAAAUAACUCGUUCUGUAACAUACAGCUGUAUGUACCACUGAAGCAAGUUCUACAGAUCUGGGAGAUGGCGGCUUCAGGGAGCGGACGUUUUUCCCAGGUGUGCGGCCAGGGGUUCACUGCUGUACGUACGUACGUACGUACGUGAUGGUUCGAAGAACACACGGACUGGCUGUCGGUCGGUUCGUUUUCUUAGAAGCUUGUUCUUGAAGUCUUCUCGGGUCAACACCCGUGGAAAUUUCAUUCGAUAUCAUCGUCCCUGCCCGACCCGAUUUCACGUGGCCAUCUGGAGCUACAUCUAGAAGAGAGUGCACGGCCUUUCGGAAUGCUCACGAGGCCCGGCGCAAUUUUUUGUUUCCCUCGAUGCAGCCUCUUGAUUCUAUCACGGGGUAGGUGAGACUUGCUGGAAGAAGGUAUCUGGACAAGUCAUGGUCCUAGCAUUGAUUGCUGUACAGCAGUACUCUACUACUGCUGUAGUUCCUUCCCUUUUCCCUCAUCGAUGGUGAGGUCGAAUUCGGUGUGUAGCAUACGUACACGCGCAUUUUGGGCGGGUUCCGAGCAAAGGCCGGCUAUUCUUCACGAGUGUUUCAGAGCGCGGCCAGGAAUGACUCUCCCUGUCUGAAAUGUUGCACACGUUUCCGUUAGGUCGUGGGGAUCACGUAACUAUACUUUUUUUUCAUUUGGCCAUCAUGGUGGUUAGGGUCAUUUUGGGGUGCAGAUCACGAAUCCAUCGUCAGAAUUUUGAUCGGAAUCGAUGUGACGCUGAUACAGCUGCGCAUUGAUAUGUGCAAAACGAGGGCAUAACCUGGGAAUCAUUAGGUAUAAGACUUAAAAAUCCUCCCCCGCGGAAAACGAUCCACACGUUGAUAGAGCUCUGUAGAUCUCGGUUUAAGGGAGGCUGCAAGUAGGGUUUGUUUUCGGCUGGCUUGAGGUCGGUAGCACGCCCGUCAGAUUGAGGCAAGGGGGAGGGAGAGCGCACGAACCUAGAGGUGGUGGCAACGCCGCCAGCAAAGAAGAAGAGCAGAGAGGAGGAAGAGCACGUAGGGGCCUCCUGGUGAAGGCGGGCGCGUCCUUCCGCGCGCAAGAGUAUUUUCUCUGGUGUCUACUAGAAAGAAGAGCGUUUGACUAGGAUGUGCCUCCCGGUCCCAAACCCCCCGCCUCUCUCCCGAACGCUUGAAACGCGACAUAGCACUUCGUUCAGAGGCUGUCGUCGGCUAGUGUACAGAAAUCACUUCCUGUCUCCGUACUGGUGUGGUGCGAUUUCGUGUGCUGGGGUUGAGGGAGCGACGCAGACACGGACACGCGCACGCACGCACGCACGCACACUCAAAAGCAGCAGCAGCAGUGAGAGCCCCUUGUCAUCAAGCAAGGUGCACAGUGCACAGCUAGCUGUCACGCAGCGCACCACGAAAAAACAACAGCACCUGCGGACAGCGGAAGUUCGUGGGAGGACUGUUGCCCCACAGCC